AUGCCCCUUCUUUCCCCACUAAACUACAUCAUUUGCAAUCUUAUCACAACCUUGUUCGCUGUUAGUACUGACCAGAUGUUGCAGUGUGCAGCUCCUAGGCCUAUUGACAGAAAGUGCAUGUCCAAUGUUGAAGGUGCUCCACAUUGUCCACGUUGUGCCUCUGCCAACACCAAAUUUUGUUAUUACAACAACUACAGCUUGUCGCAGCCGAGGUACUUUUGCAAAGGCUGCAGAAGGUAUUGGACUGAAGGUGGUUCCCUCCGGAAUGUACCUGUUGGUGGUGGCUGUCGUAAGACUCGACAAGGCAAGUCUAUCAGGAUCAACAGAAAUGGUGGUCAGGUUCAGGUUUCGAUGAAUUAUAGUAAGAGUUCAAGUAGUUUGAGAAAUCACGAGGAGCAGAUGAUUGGAAGCAGUGGUUCCUCCGAUGGAGACUCAGCGAACCAACCAGCUCCCGUUAGUGGCUCGGAGAUUGAUCUGGCUGUUAUCUUUUCACAGUUCGUGAACCAGAGCGCAAGCUUAGACCAGCCUUUUACUCAAGCAUGGCCUAAUGAAGGGGUCGAUCCAUUGGGUGUUUUAGAACAAGAUACCACUGAUUCAUCGAUGGAGUGCCAGGAGUUACCGGUAGUUCAUCAGAGUCUGGAAUCUUAUCUGCUUCAAGAAAUGCCUCGAGUUAAGCAACAUCUAAAAGUGGAUGAUAAUAGCGUCGAGGGAUUUCUGGAAACUCAUCAGAUUAAUGCGUUUGGGUUGCAGAAUUUUUUAGCUGAAGAAAUGGUACAAGAUGUUUUCUGGUCUAAUCAUGCACCAAGCUUUGAUUUUCAACCGAUGGUUCGACUUCAACAAUUCGAGUGCUUCCCAGUUAAUGAUCAGCUAACGAUUUCUGCAAAUUUAAUGGCCGAAAAUUGCAGUGUCUUUGAUCUUUCUGGAUUUGAACUUUUUUCAAAACCUUGAAGUCAAAGUCAAAUUUCC